CUGUGCACCACCAGAAAAUCCUCACUUUUGCUUUUCAACUUUUUUAAAGAUCUAAAACCAAAUUACUCCCCAAUACAAGAGGUCACAAUCAUCAUCCACGCAGAAGGUAAAUCCAUCCCACCCAUUCGAUCCCUGACCAUGAACUUCCUUAGGUGCUGGCUGCUUGUCAGCUUUCUUCUACUUUCGUUUCGAGGCGACAGGCUGAUGAUUUCUGCUCAAGAUGAUCUCGACCUUCCACAUCUGCGCUCUGUAAACAAACAAUCCAACUCUUUUCCUGAAGAAGUAUCUGAAGACGAAAACCCUCGUCAUCCACUUCCCCUUGCCUCGAUUUCCUAUUCUUGUGCAGUCCAGGAACGUACUUGCGGGACAACCACGGAUCGAUACUACGAAAUUAUUGCUUCCUACGAAAAGUACUGGAUCGAGAACUAUCCGCCUGGGCUGGAUGCUCCAGCAAGCGCUACUGGUGCUUAUGCUCGUAUUCGCACUUUCACGGGAGGCGAAGGAUUCGAGGACACGCCUGAGGCCAAAGCACAAACAGGCCCCUUGGGCCCCAGCCUCAAGGUCAAGCCAGGAGAAACCAUGUCCAUUCUUCUCCGAAACAACCUCGAACCGGGAACACCCCCCACCGGUAUGGGAGAUGGAUACACCGUUGAAAGUGUCGACAAGUCUCUAUACGUCCCAUUCCUCAAUCGCAGCAACCCCGAUGGCGGAUACUAUGAGUUGCAACCAUAUGGUUUGACAUUCAUUGGACCCACGCCCGAAACCGUGGAAGACAUCACUGUACCAAAUCCGGAAAACAUCCCGUCCAACUAUGACCAGGUGAACUUACAUCUGCACGGUGCCGUUGUCGAGCCUCAUCUGUUCAUGCCGCAAGGAACUUCAGACGCCGACGCCGACUGGAUCAGUGUUGGACCUGGUGAAUGCUACUGCUAUUCCUUCUACUUUCCUGAAGACCAUCCCACGGGUACAUAUUGGUACCACACUCACCGCCACGGGUCCUCGGCCAUGUGGACCUGGGCCCAAGCAGCUGGAUUGCUUGCCAUCGAGGGCAGCUUUUCACGAGAGCUCGAAGAAGCUGGAAUUUCAACAGUUACGCCAUUUGUUGUGACGGAUCCUCACUUUGCUUUUAGUGAUGUUGAAGCCAAUACUUAUGUGGUAACCACCUUUCUGAAUGGCCAAAGAGGAAUUGUAGCGCACCCCGAAGCUACCUACUGUGUUAACGGUCAGUUCCAACCUAACUUCGAAAUGACCGUUGGGGAAACCACAUGGCUAAAGUUCCUCACAGGAACCACGGAGAAUUUGGUCAACUUCCGCAUUCUAGACGAGGACGGGAAUCUAGUGAAAGUUUGGGAUGCCGGUUCGGAUGGUAUCAACUAUGCUGAACCCAUCCAGGUUGACCAAUACGUGCAGGGCGGUGGUAUGCGCCAGGAUAUUCUCCUUCAAUUCCCUGCUGCCGGCAUCUACGAGGUUUGGACUAUGGGGUUGUCUAAGAUCCAGUUCUAUGGUGUGGGACCGGGUGAUCAACUACUGGCAACUUUUCAAGUGACAGAGCCACCAACUCCAGCAACGGCAGUGGACAUUUCUUCCCUCAAGUUUACUCUGCCGACAGCCCAUGCCUUCAACAUUGCUCCCGAGACGGUGACAAAACGGCGCACCGUCUAUUUUGAUGUUGCUGGAGACGUGACAAAGAUCCCGUUUCCGCAGUUCACCAUCAACGAAAAAGCUUUUGAGAUCGACUACAUCUUGGAUGAGUUGGUCUUGGACGGACAUGCAGAAGAGUGGACACUCGUCAGUACAUCGAACGCCACCCACCCUUUUCAUAUUCAUGUCGUGCCCUUCCAAGUCAUAUCGGCAUCGAGUGGCAAUGCCUUGGUUUCUGCACCCAUGAUGGAAUACAUGACACGGGUCCAACCAGCAAGAGUGUGGCGCGACACGGUGGUCAUUCCACCCUAUGGAAUCGUGAAGAUUUGGAUCCAAUUCGUUCCUGCCCCCGUCGUCAAUUUGAACGGAAAAUCGGUCUUUCACUGCCAUUUUUUGGCCCACGAAGACACUGGAAUGAUCAUGGCAAUCAAAUUCAAAGAUGUGAAUGAGUGAGUGUUUUACAACGUAAUAUCGCCAGGAACGUUGUUUGUUAGAUGCUGAGUGCUGGAAUCGCUGGGAGAAGCAGGAAAACGCAUUACAAGCAUUACACACCUGAGCAGACUGGUUGGUUGUUGACUGUCAAUGCUAUGGCUAAUAGUGAGGCUGCAACUAGAGUAACUACAAACUAUUUAAUAAUCAAAGUCAAACUC